AUGCGCUAUGUGCAUCCGGUCCGGAUCCGAGUGCGUAUCGCAGUCACUCCCGGCGAGGCUGAGGUCAGUACGCGGUCUUCUCUCCUCCCUCUACCCUACCAAGCAUAUGCUGCACACCUUCGAACAGAAACGCAAGGCGCUCCCAACGAGAUGGGUCCUCAGAGUCAUCAAGCCAGUUCUCGCAUGGACAAGCUAGGGUUGCUCCUGAAGAUCCUUCGGAAUCGAGACACUCCUCGCCUGAAGCCCAAAGCUCAGCAACAAGGGACGGGGCUCCUCAAUAGUGGAUCUCACACUCAAGGUGGCUCUGGAUCAGCAGCAAGUAGUCCUUACCAGGCUCGAGCAGCACCUCUGCGUGAUCUCGUAGGGCUGGAGCUGCCCCCAAGACACGUCACUGAUUUCUUAAUCAAUACCUAUUUCAAGUCAGUCCAUUGGUUCAUGAUGGUAUUAGAAGAGCCUUCAUUUCGCCAAAACUAUGAACGCAUCAUUUCCUCUGGGGUUGCGUGUCAGUCUGAGCUUCCGUUUGUCACGCUGCUGAUGAUGGUGCUGGCAAUUGCAUCACGCUAUGCGAGAAUGAAAGAUAUUCGAGAUUGUUGUCCUGAUUUCGACAUGGACUCCCUCCAGACCCUGUUGCUGGGCAAAGUGAAGCAGCACAUAUACGAUCUCUUCGACGAUGCGUGUCUCGAGGUGGUCCAGGUCACCAUCCUUCUGGGAUCCUUCUACCUUUACAACGCAAAGCCCAACCUUGCGUUUGCUAUACUGGGGGCGGGUAUUAAGUGCGCACAGGCAAUGGGAUUGCACUUGGAAUCCUCAUGGAAGACCGAAUCCGAAAAUGUGCGAGAAAUGCAGAGACGUACGUGGUGGGAGUUGUUUGUGUUUGACAGAUUCGCCUCUAUUGUUUUUGGAAAGCCUUGUUCGAUCAGAGCGUCUGACUGCAAGGUCGAAGUAUCUGCGGUGCUAAAUUGCUUCUCGCCCCAACAUCCCGACUACCAGUCAACCGAGAUCACCGAGGAAGGCAAGAUGGUCCCCGUGACCCUUUAUACCUACCAGCGGCUGAAGUCAAGGCUAUAUAAAAUCAUGUCGCCAGUAUUGGAGAACAUGCACUUCCUUGGCCCUGCCCAAAACAGAGUGCAGCUUAGUGAUAACAUCAACAAGACUCAUCAACAGCUCGUCGAAUGGCACGCCUCUCUUCCGGAGGAGCUACUUCUAAGUCGGAUAUCCAGCAACACCAACAUUUCUUCUGGAGCAGUGCAGUCUACUUUCAAGAUGCAGGCUCUGGCACUACAACUGGCCUAUGAUAACAUCAUGGUUAUCCUGCAUCGUCCACUUCUCCUAUCUGAGCCAGAAGACCCCUCAGUACCGCACGCGGAGAAUGGACGUGUCGGAACAUCAAGCAGUGAGCCAAGGACUACUCCAGCCCUGCAGAAGGCCAAUGCUACAAGUAGAAAUCAAUGUUGGGAAUCAGCUAUGCGCACAUCGAGCAUCAUCCAACACCUGGACGUUUUACGGCAAAUGAAAGCAACCCAUGCCGCUUCAUACACUGGGAUGCAUCUGUUCACAGCUGGUGUGAUGCUGAGCGUUGUUGCAAUGUCCCAGCCUGUGUCUAGAAAAGCCCAAGAGGCAAAGCGGGCCAUCGGUAGCAUCAUCCGGCUCUUGAAGGCAUUUGGACCCCACACGGUGCUCUCAGCCCAGGGCGGUACCAUAAUGGAGAGGCUGCUAUUACUAAUAAUGACCAAGGAGAUGACCGCUCUCAUUUCGGACUCACAGCACUCUCAACUGAACGACAUGAUCCUUGGAAGCCGCCAGCCUUCGCCGUUUCCAUAUUCCAUCAGAGCGCAUGUUCAGAGUCCACGCUCAAAUAAUGAAAUUGUUGCUUCGACCCCAAGUAACGAGCCUCAAGGCCUUGAAUACUGUCAGCCUGAUUCCGGGUCUUUGCUGGUGCCUGACAGCCAAACAUCAGAUCCGUUUGAGUUCACAGACUUCAACAUGGGGAUGCUCUCUGUGCAAGAAGCUUUUCGUAGUGCUCCUGUCUUUGGUUCCGGUUCAGAAGGUGAUGCCACAAUUAGAGCCCCUGUUGGUGAAGGUGAUCCUGCAACUAGUCUCGAAAGGGACGAACAGUCUAUUCAGGUUGCGACGAAUGGAGCUGGUGACUUUGUUUCAAUGUACGGUAAUUCGCUUGGUGGCCUUCAUGACAACGGCCAGAUGUGGCUAUGGGAUGUACCCUCAAAGCCGUUCUAGGUAUAGCUCAGUUAUCUAAGGAGAGGAGUACAGAGUCAUGUAAUUUAUUCUCCUUUUACUUUUAUCUGAACUCUCAGGAACCUAUCUAUCAAUUAUGUAUAGAAACAAUUAUUGUGC